CUGUUCGUCCUCUGCCGCAGCCCUUGGUUGAUAAGGUCCGCACUGGUGUGACCUUAAACAGCUUCCAUCAGGCCGUAGCAGAACUUUUAGCGAACGCCUUAGACGCUUCAGCUCAGAGCAUUGUCAUAAAGUUCAGCGCAGGUGCUCUUACUUUCACUGUCGAGGACGAUGGACAUGGCAUCCAUGGUGAGGACCUUGACGUCCUGGGUAGCCGGUACAGUACAUCCAAGAUGCGAAGUAUGGCUGAUCUUCAAAUUGGACUGCGAACGCUUGGCUUCCGUGGAGAGGCCAUCAGCAGCGUAUGCGAAUCAUCUGCUGAAGUGAGCAUUACGACACGCGCACGUGGCUGCUUUGAGACCUUGACAAAAUCGGUCCGCGGGGGCGGCAAGGAGGCGCUGGUUGGGCCCAGCGCCUCGCAACUCACGCACUCCGGCACCAUCAUAACCGUCAAACGAUUCCUCUUCAACCAACCGGUCCGGCAACGACAGCUGGCGGCCCAGCACGAGGAUGUGGAGGCGAACACCGUCC